GCAUUGCGUGCGGCAGCAAAGAUACAACCAUGUUAAAAAAUUCAAACCAUCGACGGGAAGUAGAGUGUUGUGUGCGGCAGGAAAGAUACAACCAUGUUCAAAAAUUCAAACCAUCGGGGUGACAGUUGCAAGAUGGGGAUUGAAUGGCGUGACACAUUUAGCUAGCAAGAAGGCUGUUUGCCGAAAUUGGAGUUUGGAUUCUUAUAUAAUUUCAUUUUAGACCAAUUAUUGUUAAAUCACAACAUGUUAUUGUGAUAAAUAUUAUGAACAAAAAUUUGUUUCAGAUAAUCAAAAUAUUGAAGAAAAUUCUAAACUUACGUGCGUUGCACGUGCACGCUUACUAGUUACAAAAAACAAGCAAAAAUCGCAGAACCAGAGAAAAAAAUCGGCGCCAAGAAAAAAACAGCAGAAAAUCCGCUCCCGCCCUUCAUACUGGGCCGCAGUCCACCGAAACCACGUAGAAAACCUAAGCCCAAGUUUCUCGAGCGACAUAGUACAUAUCUGGCUCAUGCAUAUGGCAUAUUCCGGUCUUGUUUUGAUAUAAAAAAAAUGGCAGAUUCCGGUUAGUUGCGCUGCUCGGCCGCCCGCCGGUGGUGCUCAGCUCAUGGCCUUCUCCCUCGAUUCCGGUGCGCGGCCUCCAAGAACUUCUCCUCCUCAUCUCCAGUCCUUACCCACUCCCGCGCGACACGCCACCUCGCGAGCCCUAGCGGAUCUCUGGACCCGCCGCCACAUGACGAAUGCGGCCGGCCGGAAACGAACACCAAGCUGGGGAAGCUGGCGAACCGGCGGUUUGUGGGCGGCGUAGCGCAUGCGAUCCGUCGAUCCGCGAGUCGGAGAUCAUAUUUUCCAUUUCCCUGGGUACGGUACAGGUCCUGGAACAAAGCAGAGCCAAAAGCACAUAUGCAUCAUUCGUGAAUGUACUUCAGAUGCACAGAGAGUGGCCAUGGAUCAAGUUAGAUUCUGGAAAUCAGAGUAAAAUGGUCGAUCAGAGGUCCUGGAACAAAGCAGAGUCAAAAGCGCAUGUGCAUCAUUCAUGAAUAUACUUCAGAUGAUGCACAGAGAGUGGCCAUGGUGUAUUCCCCUCUUCUCUUGUGGUAAAGAUUUUUUUUUUUUGGCGGAAAUAUGAUAAAGAAGCUGCAAGCUUCAACUUCCUAUGGCUCCUUUUUUUUUUGGCUUUUUUCAUUACAGAAAAGCAGCAGUGCAAAACUGUCUCCAUAUGAGAUAGGUAGAUAUAUUGAUUGAUUGUUGUCUCUGCAACUUGUUCAUGCAAACUUGAACAAGUACUCAUCAAAGGCAGAGCGAGCAACUCGACUUUAUCUUGGCAGCAA